UCGGGGAGGCGCGGGGCGGGCACCGCGUGUGAGGAGAGCCGUGCCGGGCCUGCUAGCGGUACUCGGCCGCGGGAGGAGACGACCACCAGCCAACCACAAGACUGUUGCAAUGAGUUUUGUUGAAUAUGGCGAUACAAUCAAGGAUGGUGACACAGCUAUUGUGUUCUUGGGCCACGAAUCCAUGUUUCCUGUGAAAGUCCAGCAAGGCAGUGUAACUCAGACUAAAUAUGGGGUCAUCCGGCAUUCUACAGAUCUCAUAGGCAAGAAGUAUGGCUCCAAAGUGACCUGCAGUAAAGGAGGAUGGGUUUUUAUUCUUCAUCCAACUCCAGAACUGUGGACUGUGAAUCUUCCACACAGGACACAGAUCCUGUAUUCCACUGACAUCUCUGUAAUCACCAUGAUGUUAGAACUGAAGCCAGGCUCCAUAGUAUGCGAAUCAGGUACAGGCAGCGGAUCCCUGUCCCACGCUCUCAUCAGGACAGUGGCUCCCACGGGGCACCUGUACACAGUGGAGUUCCACCAACAGAGAGCUGAGAAGGCCAAGGAGGAAUUUCGGGAGCAUGGAGUAGAGCAUCUGGUCACAGUGACCAACCAGGAUGUCUGUAAGAAUGGAUUUGGUGUCUCAGACAUUGCAGACGCUGUGUUCCUGGAUAUUCCAUCUCCAUGGGAAGCCAUUGGACAUGCAAAGGCAGCGUUAAAAGCUGAAGGUGGCCGCAUCUGCUCUUUCUCCCCCUGCAUUGAACAAGUCCAGAGAACUUGCCUAGCAAUGGAAGAGUACGGUUUUACAGAGAUUAACACCUUGGAAAUUCUGCUCCGAGUAUACAAUAUAGCGAUGCUGGCUGAGAUGUUUGCAUUUGCUCUCUCAUUCUCAUGUGAUCAGCAACUGCUUCACCCUCCCAGUUUCCACCAGGAGAGGUAUACUAACAGGGGUGUUGAUGCUGAGGAGGUACUCUGUGUUAUUCGCAAGAGAAGCAGCUUAGAGGACCCACGGCUCUAUAACACACAUGGGUGUAGCCCUAAAAAUAAUAAUGAAAAGUGCAGAAUAUGUACUGGCAUGUCACCCGAGAACAAAAGGACUCAUCCGCAGUGUUCCCUGAGGGAUGAGCCAUAAAGCGAGGCAAUAACACCAUAUAAAAUAAUACAGCAAGGUUCUCCAAGGACGGCAAAGGGGAGGAAGUCAAACUAGAGCCAUACGAAGCAGAGAGGAGUGUUCCAGCAGGAAAUUAAGGAAAGCCUUCAAUGUGAGAAGAGGGGGCUGAUCCCUGGAGGGAAGCUGAAAUGGCACAGCAAGAACAUCAACUGCAACGUGACUGCAGGUGUGUGGGACUCAGAGGGUAGCAAUGCUCACUGCCAGGACAUGCCUGUCAAGGUUUGCCCUGCUGUGCCAGGCCAGAAGGCCGGUCCGUGUGCAGCACUGCCUGGUGCCAGUGAGGUGGCUGCCAGGAGAUGCUCUCACCUGCGAAUGCUGAACGUGGGCAAGUGCUCAUGGCUGCAUCUGUGAUGGUGAAAUAUCUACUGUAACUUAAUGCAUUACUGGCAACCCUACUUGCAAAAGCUGUUCUGAGUAUUGGGCCUCUCUGUCUUGGAAAUCUAGUACACACGAAUGUACCCUGAGCUGGUAAAAGGCAGUCCUGGCCCCACUGCCUCCCCACGUACCACAUCAAGAGCAGAUCAUUAUUCACAAAUGACUGUAUGCAGAGCCAUGUCAGCUGAAGCACCAUCUGGGCUCGGUGUGGGGAGCUGCCCUGGCUACCAACAGUCCUGGCUGCCCUAGCCCUUCCCUCAGUGGAUUUGCAUAUUGGGUCAGGGCAGCCAUUCCAGCAGCUUGAUUUGCAGUGGGUAAUGUUAUUCAUGGAGCUGUUUGGGACUGCAGUGCCCAAAUCCUUGGUUGCUAUUUGUCAUCUUCUUUCUCCCUCAUUCUUCCUUGCUUUUUACUCCCCUUGUCUGUUUUAAAAAAAAAAAAAAAAAAAGUUUCUUUUGGCUGUACUUUCACUAGGACAUUGCAAAGUCAGGCUGAGAGCAGAAUUAAAUGAGGAUAGAUGCCAGGUUCCUUUUUUGCUACACACACACACACACACACAUACACAAAACCUACUAGAAUAGCACUGAGAGCUGUAAAUUAGGUCAUCUUUGCACAAGAGCUUCCCAAGCCCUUCCUCCAAGCAAUGCUGCACAAGCAUUUGGUGACGACUGCUUUAAAGCUAUCUGGUGCAGCUUGUCUUGGGGACUGGUGUGAUGCAGUGAGAGGGUUCCCAGGGCUGCCCCAUCCCCUGUACAGAGACAUGAACUAGGAUCUAGAUCCACUCUUCUGAGGGUGCACAGUCAGGGAGAGGCACAGGAACCCUAAGGCUAGAUGUGACAGCCAGAGGAGAGAGUCAGCAUGAGUAUGGGGGAAGGAAAGUCUGCAUUUAGGGAAGGUGGGCUGCAGAACCUCUUGGAUAAGCAGCAAAAGUUUGGUAAAGGUGAGGAAGGAGCUUGCCUGUGGGACAUUCCCAUCCAGACCUGCAUGGCUUCCAGCACACCACCACAGUGGCUCAGAAGUGCCUUUCAACUUAAGCCAUUCUGUGAUAUUCUGAUAUUCUAAAAGCACAUGCAGCAUGCUCACCCAGCCUCCAGUGACCCACAGCUCAAGGACUCGGGUGACAUCUGUGUUUAAUAGCCCGAGGAGUACCUUCCUUGAGUGAGUCUGUCUAAUCGCUCCUUGAAUCUGUAUAACCUUGGGGCAACGUGUUCCAUCCUCUAAGUACGUGUUUGGUGAGCGUACAGCCAGCCUCAUGAUGACUCUCAGCUGGCCUCCUUGCAGCCCUGUCUGCAGCUCUUGUCCUUUGGGAGGCUGUGGACUCACUUUUGGGGUGACUUAGUAGUCCUCUGCAUUGUGAAAGACACCGUGCAGGUUUAUGAAAGCAGCUUAGAGCAAGGGAAUCGAGCCAGGCUACAUUUCAGUAGCACAGUUUGGAUCUUUCUUUAAGUCUUGCUUCCUUGAAUCUCCUUCUGGCACUGCCCCAUUACCUGCAUCACCUUCAGCCCUAGGACCUCCGCUCCAGCCCCUUCUCUGGCUGUGAGGCCUCCUCCAAAAGGCAGCUGCUGGGCUUACGCCAUGCUGGGAGAGCUGAGAGCUGUGAGGGGAAGGCUGAUCCUGGGAGCUGGGAUUUAGGAGCCCUUCAGCAGCUCUUGUCCCUGCCUCAUCCUAUGUUAUAUCUUCAGCACUGGCUUCUCCAUGGCAGGAAUAGCUCCUGCGUUGGGGACAGGUACACCAGGAACAGAAAAUGGAGAAAUGGAUCCAAGUCUUCAACCAUUAAUGGAUUAAUCAGGACUUGAGAAAAGUAAUUUGUAACUUGGCAUUAUGCUUGGGUAAGCUGGAGAAGCACGUCAUGUGGGGAGGAGAAAUGGAUGAGAGGAUAAGCUGGAGAGCAAGAGAUCAGAACAGGCAAAAAACAGAAAGCCCAGUCCAGAGCCAGGCUGGUGUCCCCUGAUGGGCAAAGGUCCCCUGGGCUGCACAGCUCCACUGUGCCUCUCGUGGUGGCUUCAGGCACCUACAGAGCUUUUGGGAUCUGGUGGAAUCCUUUCUAAACCCAACUGUACCCUGUACUGCAGCAGUCUCCACAGAGGUCUCCUGGAUGGGAGGGCAGUGGUCCCAGAGUCCAUCCAGGAAGAGAACAGUGAGAGAAAUCUUGCUCUGGCAUAUAUUACAAGCAUAAGAAAAUAAAUGUCAAAACCUUAUCACUAUCUUGGCUCUUAGAGGAGAUUUUGGAAGGGCGCUUUUGAGAUCUUUGCAAGCUCUGGGCUGGUAAGAGGAGAAUGAGCUCUUUGCUAGGGAGAUGGAGAGCUCUUUGCUGCCUCCUGCUCACCUUCCUGGAAUAAAGGCAACCGAACCUACAACAGGUGAAGCAGAAACUUUUUACCUUAACCAGCAACAGUCUUUGGUUUGCUUGCCUCACAGAGGCCACCUGGAGCUCCUGCAGCGCUGUGGGACAGGGUUGAAACCUACAGUCAACAAGAGCUGACAGCUCGGGCCUCACAGCCCUCUGCUUAUUUACACAGUGCUGUCCUGUUUGGAUGGACUUGGGGCAGGAUGUGGUCUGUAGUAAAUACAGGAAAAGUAUAUUUUCAGUAAAAGGGCUGGCAGUUUUGAGUUUUAACUGAAGCAGCCCCGCAUGGAGUCCUCCCCAUGUUGGCUGAGGAAGGCACUGAGGGUUCCCUCUGCACAGUGCUAUGGUGUUGCUGUGGUAGUUUGAGUCUCCAAACUAUAGAGUCAAAGGUAUUUCAUGCUAAAGGAGACCACAAAUCAUCUGGGAAAAUAUAUGCAUGGACUCAAACCCUAACACAUCUCUUGAUAAUUUUCUUCGACCUCAUGAUUGAGCACACAUCUCAGUUGGAAAGUUUUACAGUGUCAGUUGUGCACCAAUCCUCAUAGUUCAACUGCUGCUUCUUGGCUAGGGAGCAAGAGGGAUAUUAAGCAAACUCCAGGUUGCAGCCUCUGGCUCUGUAAUUUCAGGAUUCCCAUGCUCAAAAUGUCUGACAGCCUAUACAGGGAUUUACCAUAUAGCACUGCCCCCUGCUGUGGCUUCACGAUCCCCACACGUUUCAUUCACAGUCCCUCCUGGUCGGUGUCAUCUGCCAAAUAAGGACAAUUUCAUGAAAUUCUGGGCUGCUCGGUGUAUUUGUCUCCUUGAUGUCCCACGAGUCUCCCAUAACAUAGAACCUUCCUCAAAACGUCGGGAGGAAGAAGAGACAGCAGAACAAAAGGGAUGAAGGAGUGACAAGGAAUUUAAUUCCUCUUUAACGGAAAUCCCUGGGUGAUACCUGAGACCUGGGGGCAUCUGAGCAGCAGCAGCUGCAGCCCAGCCUUUGUCAGCAGGGUUUACCCCACAGUGCAGCAGGUGGGACUGAUGGGGCACAGCUGCCUAUGCUAAUGGGACAAGCCCAAGUGAAGUGGGUAAUUUCAGUCAGUGAUGUGAAGUACAGGUCUCUGAAGUACCACCUGGGCACAAGUGAGGUGCACUGGGUUGAAUGCUCAAGCACGAUGCUGGGGAGCAAUGGUCCUGCAUGGCAGUGCGAGAGGCACUGUGGGGAAUCGCAGAAUUACAGAAUAUCCCCAGUUGGAAGGGGCCCACAAGGGUCACUGGGUCUGUCUCCUGGCACCAGCCAGGGCCUCCCGCAGCUUGGGAGCAGCACUAGGGAGCUGGGGCCAUCUAAAUGCUACCGUUAACACACUCACAACAUUUUCCCAGCCAGUCAGGACACAAAACUGCACUCCAGUAUCAUUGUAUUUGUGGUAACCAAAGCCUCUUACGCAGUCAUCUACCUUGCUGGGGCUAAGCAAGUUCUCUUGGCACAGUAUAAUUUUUAGCAUGAUUCUCUUUCCAGCAUUGCCAGGGCUGAUGCUGAAAGUCUCUCCAACCGUUCAGCCGUGCUCAGGGUAGGCCUGGUAACUCAUCUAAUUUCUGGUAACUUGAGCUGCCUUCGUGUGACUGCUGUGCCUGCAGCUGUGCUGUGGGACCAACAGGGUUUAUGGUGGAUAAUGGAUUUCAAAGGUGCCCUCGUCCCAUGGAAGUGAUUCUGUUCUCAUUUCUGGUACGUGACCAUAGUAGCUAAAGGCCCAGCCUUUCACCUGCUGAAAUCCAUCACAGCCUUGCCCUUGCCUUGAAGAGAAGCUGGUAUUGACUUUCAGUUAAAGAAGGAAAAGAAAAGAUAUAAGAAUGCAACAAAUGCACACAGAGCAUACCAGAGCCCUGUCGGCAUCCAAGCAGCAGGAGGAAGAGCUGCAAUUUUUGUAAACAGAGCACAGGGAGAGGGCAGGAAGUUUUGGGAAGUGCAUACAUCCUAGAUUAAAUGAGAUUAGCAUGCAUUUAUUCAGAAUAAACCACGAACUAUCUUGGCAAAAAGUCUACCCUACAGUAGAUUGUAAAGUACUGGAUGGUAGGUUGUAAAGUGACUUGUCAGAUAAUUCCUUGAUUGGCAGAUAAGAGGUGGCUGUUGUAGCGUGAUUCACAAAAUGGAGCCCUGGGGCACCCUUACCUACAGAACAGCAAUUCCACCCACACCACCAAGAAGCGGCUGGAAGCAAGAGGAGAGUUUCUCGCACAACUGUGAUUGGCACCCUGGAGAAGCAGAGACUGAGAUGGCUCUCAGAGGGGUGUGUUAAACCAGAAAGAAUGCUUUUUUUCGUUUACAUUCAUCCUGGGAAAAAAACUUGGUGUUGUUGAACUGCCAAGGCCACUGGAGUCAUCAUAGCAUUCCCUGUUGGUUUAAGAAACACAAAGCUUGAUUGCACAUCAUGGCUUCUUCUUCGCCUCGUCAGCAGCUCUCAGAAAAUGGUGGCAUCUUUCUCUUUGUAGUGAUGUCUGUGGCUCAGCUAGGAACAGAAAUAACAAGUACUGAGGAACAUCUCUGCAAGCUUGGAAAAGUCACCAAGGAGAUGCAGAGCAAAGCAUAUCUCUGCAUCCUGUGUCCACUUUCCAGAGCUGCUCUUCCUAAGAAAGCAGGAAAGACAUGGGAAUUCUUCUUUUAACCUCUUCUUCCAUUUAUUUUAUUGAUGCUGCCAAUAAAUUAAAUGUAUCCAGUUUAUAGGAGAGUGAAGUUUUGCAGGGAUUAAAAUGGGCUGAUAUUAUGUCAUUGAAAAAUCACUCGGCUUGCCACCAAAUCAGCUCAGCAUUGCCCUGCACAGAUAUUUCUGCCUGGGAACAAAAGCAAGUCUAAAAGUCAGAAAUGAGAAGACAGCUGGCAGGUUGAAAUGAAGAAAGAGAGAAAGCCAGCUGCCCCCUGUGGGGACCAGACAUCUUUGAAAUGAGCCCUGCCAGACCAAACAGAAGUCCUGAUGCUGGGCUCUAGCAAAAUAUUAGCAAAGGCUGAAUCCUGUACUCCUCAAGACUGUGGUAUGUAUAUAAAUGUAAGCUGAGAGUGAUAAACGAAAGAAGAGCGUGAAAGCUGCCACUCGACACUAAUGCUUGUGUCUCACUGAUCCCUCAGCACAUCCAAGAGAAAGGGGGUGAGUCUGCCCUGGCCCUGAGGCUGGUCCCACCAAGGAAAGGGAAUUGCAGCCUCCCCCUGAUGCCAAACCCCUGCCAAGGACUGAAAUCUCAAAACCAGGAGGGUUUUGACGUGGGGUUCACCUUUUCCCUGCUGAGGGAAGAUGCAAACCUGCUUCCUUUCAGCGUGGCUGUUCACACAGGACAUGGGCUUAUGCUCAGGCUUUGUGCUGCCAUCAUUAUUUUUACCAAGGCGUGGAUUUUAUUGCCAUUUGCAGGAGUCAGAGUGUUAAUGUCCAUUAACACUUAGUACUGCUAUCCAUAUGGGUCCUACUGUGUCUGCUACAUAGGAGAGAUUUAACAACAGACCCGAGCUUAUUUGCUCACCAAUAAGUAUUCAACACGGUAGCUGGUAAAUUUCUCCUUAACUACUUUAUGAAGUUACAUUACUACCUCUCCUACUGCAUAGAUUAUACUGGUAUAAUUGGCAUGCAUGUCAUUCCAUGACUGGAAGAGUCACUCCAUUUCUGCUCGGGAAUAGCUAUCCCAAUACAGAUGUAUUUAUAACAACACAUCUGUGCCCGCUCUAGGGGAAUUAUACCACUGUAGUAGUAGUGCCUUCCUGUGUGCACAGCUCAGCAUGGUGGUAUCUUCCAGUCAACAGAAGACAUUAAGGAUAAUGAUGUCUGUUACAACAUGGGUUUUGCUCCAAGGAAGGCGCACCCUUCCUCCAGCAACACAAGGGUUUUAUUAAGAUAGAAAAACAGGUGAUUCCUAAUGUCAAGAGAGAUUCUUCAAAUUGUAUCUUUCCUCCACCGAAGAAAACUGUUGAGUACUUUUUUUUUUUCAUCCAACAGUAGCGAGUGCAAUUGAAGACAGACAAACCUCUGGCUUGUCUUGAUUGCCUCAUUGCUGACCCGAAUAGCUGCCUUGUGGUUUGGUGGCAUGAGCAGCCAGUCUGUUUUUCUGGGUGAUGUUGGGUGGGGGUAUAAUGGAUGAACAGCCCUCUUCCUGUGAGCCACGCAGGAGAUUGCUCCUCACCGACUUUGUGUCCGUAGUGCUGUGACCAUCACUGCCCAUGCCCAGGGACUGAGCCUCUCUGUACCCCAUGGACCCCCAGGCUCUUUCAGCAUCUUACACCUUAGCAAGAGUUUUGUCUACAUCAGUUUUCGUUGUUGUAAUUUUCCUUCUUGAGAUUUCAGAAGUGCAGCGCAGCCUUCGCCUCUUCAGCUUCCCUCUGACUUUAAAAAGCCUCCCUGCAUCACUAACCAUCUAAACGUUUGCUAUUAAAUUAUCCAUCACAGCUUCUUCUGCAGCAGAGGGAGUUGAUGAUACCGUCUUUAUGGAGGAUAAAAAUAGCCAACGUCACAUGCAGCAGCAGUGGGGAAGGCUGAGGCAAGGAGAGCAAAGGCAGCAAAACUUCUGCCUUGGUUGCAGUUGUCCUCCCUCACCUGCAGCCAUUGGGAAUUGGAAAAAAAAGAUUGAGCUCCUAUAAUUGAUUGAAAUGUGUCCAACACUGUCUGAAUUUACACUGAAGUCCUUCACAUGGCAAGUGCUGGAUACUGCAGGUUUCUCACAGCAGCCUAAAAACUCCAGCAACUCCAAAUUGUGAGCAGUGCCAUCAGAGAAACAAGGAUUUUGCAUCCAUCUCCUUUCUGUUUGGUUUCAGAACAAGUGUCAAUUGUAUGUGUGCUACUAGGACUGGGAUGAUGAUUUCAGAAGAGGUUUGCUGAUAUUCUAAGAUCUUCAUAGCAGCUCAGUGAAAAAAAAAUCAAUGGGAGCACUUUUCCCUGUAGGUAUGCAAGUUUCGAUAUUUCUGGCCCAGAACUCUUCUUGCCUGGGGCUAAAGCUCUGCAGGGCUGCAGAAUGGACCCCAUUAUCAGCUGCUGUUCAGGAGACAGCAGAAUACAGUGCAGGAAUUUCACAUAAGUAAAGACAAAAGCGUAGGCUUUGCGUAGUUGUCAUAUAUCCUCAUCCUACAGUGCAAUAAUUGCUUAGAAAUAGAGAAAGAAUCCCUUACACUUCCCCAGCACCUUCAGGGCACUAUCAGAAGUCACACACCCCACAGACCCCCCAGUGCAGCAGGGACAUGCCAGGCUGAACAGGAGUGUAUAUAUUUAUCUGAGAGAUUUUCUAUGUGCAAUAUUAAGUUUCUGUUAAACAAUAAGUGGGUGUCUGCAGCAUGCCUAUCUCAGAGAAGCUCAUGCUCUGCUGUUUCAAUGCUGUGCAUAGAGCUGAUGGCCAUCCUUCCCCAACAAACAGACAUUUAGAGAAGCUUAUCAUAGAAUGGCUUGGGUUGGAAGGGACCACCAAGAUCAUCUAGUCCCAGUUCCCUGCCCCCAGAAGAGGCACAAGGGCAGGGAGGAGAAAAUGCAAACACCCCGAAACAAUCCCACUUUGCUAGAAGUUACAUCUGCAACUUAUAAAGCAAACGCCAUGGUAAAUAGCUAUUAGUAAGGCUGAAUCAUCUCCCCAUCUCUGCACAUUUUCGCUUUGACAUUUGUUGUCCUUUUUCUUCUGUUUAAUGAGUGAGUGAAAUACAUUUGAAACUCAUGUCUGUGCAUUGAAGCAGUUGAAAAGCUAUUUUAAAGGGAAAAAAACAAC